CAUGUGCAUGGCUUAUGGCUUCCCAAAAGCCACAGUUCACAGUGCACAUGUCCAUGUCAAGUUGUAAUUGCCUGCCACUCGCCCCUCCUAGUAAUGCUUAAUAAUGCCGCAUGGCGCCGUUACUCCGAGUCAUGACCAUUGAAUAAAUACACGCGCAAAUUAUGCCAUGGAUUGAUAACUCUCAGAUAAGAGUCCUUGAGUCACAUCGCUUCUGACUCGGACUCAUGUAGGAAAUUUUACAAUGCGCAGCGAGAUGCGGUCACACUCGGCCUUUCCUGGUAAGUCGUGUGCGCCCACCCUAGACUAUCCCUCCAGACUAAUCAUUUUAAAAUGGAAAACUGCGCAUGUGGCCCGGAGUGCAGACAAACUCAAUUCAAACCACUGCCAUUUCGUUUGAUCCAUAUAGAUUUUAUAGGUGGUUCUCAUACUACACAGCUCUUUCAGUCACCGCCUUGGAUGUUUUUACUCCAUACGCCGAGAAAUUUGUUAUGGUUUCUUGUGGUGUUAUGCUGACCUAUUGUUUCGUCAGUAACACUUUGAUUUGUUAUUGAGUUGAUGCUGCCUGCACUAUCUGUACAGCAUAUGUGCCGAGAGUAUGUUUACCCAAGUCGGUCUCUCUUAUAAAACAUUUUUGUCAGACGUUGAUUCACGAGUACCAUUGCUACGGCACCUUUUGGUGAAUCUGGUCUUCCGAUCUUC